AUGAGCAAGAAAGAGCUUGACAAAAACCUCCGCUACUUUUACGCAGAAGCAAGAACAAGAGGUGAUGCAUUAUAUUCAAGAUCGUCCCUCCUUGGAUUGCGAAAUGCGAUCGAAAGAUAUCUCAACAACCCACCAUUUGAUAGAGGAAUUUCAAUCACCAAAAGGACCGAAUUCCAAUCAUCAAACAAACUCCUGCAGAGUAUGAUAAAGUUAAACAAACGCGAGAACAAUGAAAACACAAAACACAAACCUCCCAUCCCAGCAGCAUACCUUCAAAAGUUGAAGUCGUCAAAUGCAAUCCGGGGAGACAGUCCUUGGGGUCUUCUACGAAAUGUCUGGCUUAACAUCAGCUUGUACUGGUGUCGUCGAGGACGCGAAGGUCAACGACAAUUGACGAAGCAAAGCUUCCAGUUCUUGUUUGACGAUAAUGGACGGGAAUACGCUUCAAUGACCCAUGACGAGGCUACUAAGAACCAUCCAGGAGGGAUUGAAGACAUCUCCAGUGUAGAAAAGGAGGCCAGGAUGUAUUCAACAUCGGAGGAUCCACUUUUUGAUGGCCUUAACUGCCUCAAGAACUAUAUCCAGAAGUUAAAUCCUAACUGCGAAGCAUUCUUUCAGUACCCAAAACGAGCCGUGAAACCUGAAGAUGACGUUUGGUAUGAAAACAAACCGCUGGGGGUCAACAAACUUGACGGAAUGAUGAAAGAAAUUUCCAAACUGGCGUCUCUUUCAAGAAUCUACACAAAUCAUAGUGUCAGAGCGACUGCAAUCACGCUGUGGUCCGACGCGCAAGUUCCAUCGCGGCACAUAAUGGCGAUCUCUGAUCAUCGCAGUGAGGCAAGCCUCAAGAGUUACAACACUCGCCCAUCGAGUGAACAGCUAAGGGCUUGUUCAGAUAUCUUCUCUGGUGUAAUGAGUGGUGGACCACGGCAGCCCAAUUCCCCUAAUGCAGUCACCAGUUCAGGAAAUCCUCUCGCUGUUGUAAAUUCGACCGUUGUUCAUUCACAGAACAACACAGCGCGGCAGUUUGUCAAGUAUCAGCCACAAGCUUUAAGCAGUUUGUUUUCAAAUUGUCAAGUUAAUAACAUCCAGGUUUUCAUGGGCCACGAUUCGGCCGGAUUUCAUUGA